AAACAUAUUUAUUCUUGUUUGAACUCUUCACUUCUUGGCCUAAACCAGUAAACCCUAACACAACCAAAACCCUAACAAAAUCUUGCAACUAAAAAUGUCUAAAAACACAAAAAAUGAGGAGAAGCACUCAAUUGAAGUUGCCCAUGAUGAUAAAGUCUUUGCUUCUUGUACUUUUGAAACUCUCGGUCUCCACACCAGAUUGUGUAAUAUACUAGAAGAGAAAUUGGGGUUUAAGGUUCCUACACAUAUUCAAGCUCAGGCUGUUCCUGUUAUACUUUCCGGGAAGCAUGUGCUUGUGAAUGCGGCUACCGGGACUGGCAAGACUUUGGUUUAUCUGGCGCCGGUUGUUCAUCAUUUGUUGUUGCAGAAUGAUAAGCAGAGGAUUAAUCGUGCUGAUGGUACUUAUGCGUUGGUUCUUGUACCAACACAUGAACUCUGCAUGCAGGUUUAUGAAACUCUGGAUAAGAUGUUGCACCGUCUACAUUGGCUUGUUCCAGGUUAUAUCAUGGGAGGUGAAAGCAGAGCCAAAGAGAAAGCUAGGCUGCGCAAAGGUGUAUCUAUUCUUGUUUCCACUCCUGGCCGUCUUUUGGAUCAUUUGAAGAAUACAUCAUCAUUUGUAUACACGAAUUUGCGCUGGCUUAUAUUUGAUGAAGCAGAUAGGAUUCUGGAAUUAGGAUAUGGCAAGGAGAUCGAAGAAAUACUCACUGUUCUAGGUUCAAGACAAGACAAGUCAACUGUACAGAGGCAAAACUUGCUAUUAUCAGCCACCUUAAACGAUAAAGUAAAUCAUCUUGCAAAUAUCAGUUUAGAAAAUCCAGUUACAAUCGGCCUUGAUGAUAAAAAGAUCCAAAUAAAGCCAAUGUGCAAGACUCUUAGCUCUCUAGAAGCUGGAGUGGAUAAUGCAUCAGAUGGUCUUGAAAAAUUGACAAACUCAUCAAAUGGUGAAUAUAACAUGCCAGCCCAAUUAAUUCAGAGAUAUGUUAAAGUGUCUUGUGGUUCUCGGCUUGUGGUACUCAUGUCCAUUCUGAAAAAACUAUUUGAGGGAUCUGCUACUCAAAAGAUUGUGGUUUUCUUCUCAACAUGUGAUGCAGUAGAUUUUCAUUAUCUACUGAUGAGUGAAUUUCAGUGGCCCCCAAAUUCGAAUUCAGAAGCAGAAUCCAGGCUCUUUCUGGAAUGCAAAACUUAUAAAUUACAUGGAAACAUGGAUCAUGGGGAGCGGAGAAGUUCGUUCAAUGAAUUUAAAACAGAGAAGUCAGCUCUUCUAUUGUCUACAGAUGUUUCUGCAAGAGGCUUGGAUUUUCCACAAGUUAGGUGUAUUAUACAGUAUGAUUCCCCAGGGGAGGCAACAGAAUACGUCCACAGGGUUGGAAGAACUGCUCGCUUAGGGGAAAGGGGAGAUUCUUUAUUAUUUUUGCAGCCAAUCGAAAUUGAUUAUCUGGAUGAGCUGAAAAGACAUGGUGUGCUGCUAUCAGAGUAUCCUCUUCUCAAAUUGUUGGACAGCAUGCCAUUUUAUGGUCGCAAUCCGAAUGUUAAGAAGUUUGUAUCAUUGGAGACACACCAUUGGGUGCUUUCACUGCAGAAAGCACUAGAAUCCUGCGUUAUAACAGAGCCAAGCUUGAAGAAACUUGCAAUGAGUGCUUUUUGCUCUUGGGUGCGAGCAUAUAGUGCUCAUCGUGGUGAGCUAAAAAGUAUUUUUAUGGUGAAGAAACUGCAUUUGGGCCAUGUGGCAAAAAGUUUUGCAUUGAAAGAACAACCAUCAUUGGUUGGAGGGUCCUUCCAGAAGCAGUUGAAGAAGAGAAACCGAGACCAGAAACACAAAGGAGGAUCAAAGAGGAGACGGAUCAUUAGUAAAUCAUAAUCUUGAGUUUUACAAUAUUUAAUUAGUAGGUAACGGGUUACAAAAUUUUGUAUGCACAAUAUUAGACCCCUGUCAUGAUUGUUAUCCAUUGUUAUCAUAUGGGGCUCACACUUUUCAUAUCUUCCAAGUCUUAAUUGGAAGUUAGAUAGGGCAAAAUAACUAUAUGGUUGUACGGGGUUUGUACCUUGUGACUGAUUCACAAUGGUCCAGUUCUGUAAUGAAGUGUGGUUGACAAUUCACAUCAAAUUUUGUAUCUAUAAUUGAAUGGUAAAGAUUUCGUAGGUGCCCUUAAA